AUGUGGAUUGAAUUUAAGCGGAAGAGUGGCAGCGUGGCUCAGGUCGAGGACCAGGCCCUUGAUGCGGCGAAGCGUGUCUUUCAACAAGAAGCACUCGAACGCGUUUUCAUAAUGACGACUAUCGGCGUCGCAUUUCGCACGUGGGAAGUUGUAUGGGAUGAGCUUGGGGUGCAGCUUGUACCGUUGGACGGUAGAAGCGCCGCUGGUACCAACUUGAAAGCUCAGUACAUUGACGCAUUUCAUCCUGACGCCACGACGCUUUUCUCCCAAGUUCAGCAGAUGAAGGAUCCAUACAACAUGCCAGUUUACCGCGCUAAAACAACGAUUCCAAGCCAACCUUUGCCGCCAAUGGAAAUCGGAGCCACUCAACAGAACAUGGGUUACAGCAGCUAUGGUGAACCUCAGGCCGGUCCAUCCAACGUUGGGGGUACCGGAUCUACCCAUCAGUGGAUUGAGGUAAAAGCGGAUAGAUGGAAGGAGUCCUUGCACAAUGGAGAGAAGAUUUGGUCGUUACGUGGCAAAAGUGUGACAUACUUUACCCGGAAAUGGGAAUAG